AUGGCCUUCGUUAAGAAACUUAUCCGAAAGGGUAAGCACAAAGAGAAUGGGGCGGCGGUUGAAGCGCUUAGCAAGCCCACAUCACUCACGCUAUCGACAGCUAUAGAGUCAUCUAAGUCAGUGCCGGUCAUCUCUGUGCCUAAAGCAGAGAGUGAUGCCUGUCCUUCAAAGAAGCAAUCAUCGGGGGUGAGUCGGAAGAUUCAAUCUAACUUGGAAUUACUUGGUGAACACAAAUCCGAGAAAACCGACACCUCGUCCCAGAGCACGUUGAAAGAUAGCAAUCUCCAAACAAGUAGUGAGCAGCUCGAAGCUGCAACCACGGCCAAGUCAUCGGAGACUAAGCCUGUUCCUCAACCUACAGAUUCUGCGAUUAGCAACUCUAAAGCUGAGAAGAAUGACGCCCCGCCAAAACUUCCCCCGAGAGAUCCGAAGCUACAAGCCAAUAUGUGA